CUGAGGGGUUGCUCUAAAAGAGCGGUCUGGGCGUAUGGCGACUACCGUCGCAAAGCCCCACUCCAUGGAAACGUACGAGGAUAGCGGCUCGGCGUUCUCGGUGAGACGAGUCUUCUUUUCUCUGAGAACUCAGUUAAUUACCACUUUGUUCUCUCGUAGGCACUGUGCGUCAGGCUGCGUGGUAGUCUUGCGAGACAGAAACGACGAUCGUCAUUGAUUGCGGGACGGACAAGAAUGCAUCCGUGUGUGUAUUUGUCUUGAACAGUUGGCAGCAGAUGGCCUCCGCCCAAUCCUGCCAUGACGUGAUAUUGUUUUUCCUACCUGGUCGCUCAGAGUACCGCUAGCAGUCGCUACGUCGACACGGCCAAUAUGGUCACUGAUACGGGGAUGCGUGCCGGAUUUCACAACUGAAGCACUGGCUGGGGAGGCGAAACAGCCUCGGCGUCUGAACACUUCAUGACAAUCCACCACUAUUUUUCUGCUAAAGAACAUAGCAUGUUACAAAAACAAAGGCGUGGCAAGCAUGAGUGUUUCUGAUGCAUGCGAGUUUGGGACGUAAGAUUUGGUUAAGUCCCGGCAACGCUGUCUUGAUUUGCAACUUCCAUUUCCAUUCGUUGUGUCAGGUGAAACUUAAGGAGUAUUGUGCACAUGAGGACGCCUCUCCGGGGACUACCGCUUGUUAUUUGUGUUUCUCUGGCAAUGAACGCCUGCAUUAUUGUAUGAUGACGAUGGGAGCACAGCUUGCCAGGGUCAGUUUGGGGCACGCUAGGUCGUCUCCGAUUCCCCCCCUUCCGGGUACUGCACAUACCACUGUCUUCCUCGUCUUCAUAGUGACACUGUUGCUAAGUCAGCGUGGAUCGUAUGUUGACGUGAUGGCGAUCCCCGUUGGCGGGUCAGCAGUUGGUAGCAAUGGGGAGCCUCCGUUUGACGCUGGAAAAGGCGUGGCCUCAGAGCAAUCUGGUACAGGGACAGAACCAAGCGCCUCCACGAUGAAGGCUGCCCUUGGGCCGGCUUCUCAAACUUCUGAGAAAUUGCCGGUGCCUGCUGCCGCUAAACCAGUCAUCCAUUUGGAUGUCGGGGAAAAAGAAGGCAACGAUGCCCUUUCCUCCCUUGAAGAAUCGAGCCUCGUGUUCACUGAUGGCGUGCACACAGCUGGCUCCUCCAGGCCGAGUUUCCGUCGCAAACGGAUAGUGAAGAGGGUACUCGGUCCAUUGCUUGUGCUUGCAGUUUUAAGUGCGCUGCUUAGAACACUUUCCCGAUAUUCUUGGACCGGGGGUUCGCCCUCUCGACAAAGCACUGGUGGUGCCACAGCUGGUGCGCGGGGAGAUCAACGGGAGCGAUAGCCUAUUAGCACCGAUGGGAACAAGUGAUCGCACAGAAAGUCCUGGUGUAUUUUGGGUCAGCCGUCGGUCGAUUUCAGAUUGCGAGGUGCCGCUACCGUAUCGCUGGGAAGGCGGGUGCUCAACAUUUGUCUCUUUAAGAACGACAAUACUUGGGCAGUUGCUGGGUGGAGAAGACCAAGUGUAUCGAUGAUUCCCAUGAACUGCUAUUUAGGUUUUUCGUGAAAUGCAUCCAGAGCUGCCGGGCUUUAUGCUGGCCCACGAUCCUAUAGCAGAAGGCCAGCUAAGAUGCCACAUCGCACAGUGAAAGCGACGGAACUGUCCUUGUUAAUAGUGGAAGAUUGAGCUGAGGAAUGUCCGAUGUUAGUAUGAUUUCGAGUUCUAAGAGUCUGCCUUGUGUAGUCUGGCACUGUGAAUGUGUUUCUCUAUUCGACCAUGGCAUGAGCUGAUUUUGAAAAAUUAUCUGCAUCAGUCGCGUUAGACCAAGUUAUUAAGCAUUCCGCCGGUCCGGUAUAACCGUCAUCGUACGCGUGAGUCUCGUUUUGUCCUACGGAC